GUCGUCCAUUCACCACUGAGAUUGUCUUCGAACGCUUGGGCAAGUGGGGAAGGAAUUGGUCCUCCAAGACCAAGGUGACGUACUUUAAGUACGAGGUGCACGUGUCCAAAGGCUUCCUGAUUGCUCCAUCCUUUGCUUCUGCCUUGUAUUUGUUGCUCCUGCGCUUUUUGGCCCGGGACUACGAAGGCGUGUGCUCGCUGGUGCAUGCGGUCGGCACGGACGCGGAGCUGAAUGAGGAGGAGGCCCAGAUCCUCAAGGUUUUGGGCCUCGUCGACGACGCCCAUCCGGAUGCCCUGGCCUGUCGCUGCUUGGUGACCUUGGCCGUGCUCCGUAGCGGCGCGCCCAUGCCGUGGGACUACCGCCAGGAAUUCGCGUGGUACGUGUCCAAGAUGUCGCACAUCUCCGCUCGAAGUCGCAUGAGUCUGGAUCAGGAGUCGGAGCUUCUCGAGGAGUGUGAGCGGCUCACCUCCAAGUUCCGGGUCACCGAGGCACAGACGAAGAAACUCAAGGGCCGCGAGAAGAAUAUCAUCUUGGAGAUGCUCUUAGACCCAGAGCGAGCGAAAGCGGCAGCGGCCAGUGAAAUGCAGAAGCUCCAGGACUUGAAGAAUGACAUUUUCAGUGCCAUGCGAGCGGAGGGUUUGAGCUGCAAGGAGGUAGAGAUGCAACGCUUGGUGUCGAAGAUUCAGCAGCGAGAGCAUGAGUUACCAGAUUGGAUGGCACAUGGCAUCUCCAACCGACAGGAGCUUCUCAAAGCUCGUGGGUACAAAGUCAAUCAAAAGGAUGACAAAAAAAACAAGAAGGACAAAAAGGACAAGAAGGAUGCGAAGGACAAGAAGGAAGAGACGGAAGAAGUGACUUUGAAGCUACCCAAACCCAAGGAUGACGCACGGGCCAAGUGGAUCACGCAUUGUAACCGCAACGUCCUGAAAGACUCCAUGGUAAGCUCUGCCAGCUUAGAGGAGUGUAGCAUCAAGACCUUUGCCAUGCGACCGGCCAUGGAGUGGGCACUGAUCAAUCUGCAUGGUGACUCUUCCUUGGAUGACAUGUUCACCCUCCUUUACCGGCUCUUCACAGGCCAUACCAAGCUGAAGUUGGGCCCACCUGGCACUUCGGAGGAAGACCAACGGCGCUGGGCACAUACCUUCGCCACCUUGGUGGCCUAUUUGAAGCCGGAGAGCAUGGAGCAUGGCUUUUUGGCCAGCUUCGUCAACGUCUUUGCCCAUAACUUCGACGAAGUCUGGAGCGAGGGCGGCAGUGCCUUGCCCAAGCCACCCGGGAACGAAGUGGGAAGGAGCCAAUCGCGCGAGUUGGUGAACGAACGCUUUCUGACGGAACUGAGAAGCUGGAUUCUGGAACACAAGGAGAGCGGGAGCACGGACUGA